CGUAUGACGGCGCUUGAUUCAUGAGCGGUGAAGAGCCGACUCGUAUCAUAAACCCGAGAGCCAAUUUUCUGGAAAUGUACGUGCUCUCUCCCUCUAUUUUUCUACGACCUUCAAAUGACACUUGCGUAGCUACCUUUAUAAACCUGUGGUGUCUUUGAGGGCUUUCGCCAUCAACUGUGGAAACUAGCCUACUGGCCACCCACAUCAUUGUGAUCACCUUCAUUAACUGGCAGUUUAGGAUGCAACAAUGUACUUGUCAUGCUGCUACUCACUAAUGCCUCAGGUAGGAAGUGAACCGGAGGACGUCACAGAGGAGGAAUGCCUGUAGAGAGUGGAAGCAGUGCCGCCGCCCGUCACACCAAGCAGAAGCGCAAGUCCCACAGCCUGUCCAUUCGGCGCAGCAACAGCACUGACCAGGAGCAGCGCACAGUGACAGGCAUGCAGAGGGAUAUGCUGGACGGACAGGACUCCAAGUUGCCCCUAUCCUUGCGGAGCAAUCUACUAGACCUGUUUGGACAGAUAGAGCGGGAGUUUGAGAAUCUCUACAUUGAAAACUUAGAAUUGCGCCGGGAAAUUGAUACACUCAACGAGCGCCUAGUAUCCGAAGGACAAACCAUAGACGGAGGAGAGCUGAGCAAAGGAGCUCUGAAAGCGAAAGCCAGUCACAGUACCAGUCAGCUCUCUCAGAAACUGAUGACCACUUACAAAGCCUCCACGAGCAAGAUAGUGUCCAGUUUCAAAGCCACCACAUCCAGAGCUGUGUGUCAGAUCCUGAGGGAGUAUGUGGGCCACCGGGACGGCAUCUGGGACCUAGCAGUCACACGGAACUCACCUGUGGUUCUGGGGACCGCAUCAGCAGAUCACUCUGCUGCUCUGUGGAGUAUAGAGACAGGGAAAUGUCUGCUUAGAUAUGCUGGUCAUGCAGGAUCAGUCAACUCCAUCAAGUUUCACCCUACGGAACAGAUGGCCCUUACAGCGUCUGGGGACCAGACGGCUCACAUCUGGCGCUACAUGGUACAACUGCCCGUCAUCCCGCCUCUAGCAGAUAUCAGCGCACUGUGUGACGACGAGCUGGACUUCUCAGACAGGGAGGAUGGUGACGGGGACGGGGAAGGUCCGUGCAGUGAGGUCCCAACCAUCCGCGUGGCCACCACCACCUUGAAGAGCCACCAAGGGGUGGUCAUCGCUGCAGACUGGCUGGUGGGGGGCAAGCAGGUGGUCACUGCUUCCUGGGACCGGGCUGCCAACCUAUACGAGGUGGAGACCUCCGAGCUGGUCCACACACUGACAGGCCACGACCAGGAGCUGACCCACUGCUGUACCCAUCCAAGCCAGCGUCUAGUGGUCACCUCGUCCAGAGACACCACCUUCCGUCUGUGGGACUUCAGAGACCCCUCCAUCCACUCUGUUAAUGUGUUUCAGGGACACACCGACACGGUGACGUCAGCUGUGUUCACAGUGGGGGACAAUGUGGUGUCGGGGAGUGACGAUCGCACCGUCAAGGUGUGGGACUUGAAGAACAUGAGGUCGCCCAUAGCAACCAUCCGCACAGACUCUGCUGUUAACAGGAUAAGUGUCUCAGCCAACCAAAGAAUCAUCGCUCUCCCACACGACAAUCGGCAAGUCAGGCUGUUUGACAUGACUGGAGUAAGACUGGCACGACUACCACGCAGCAACAGACAGGGUCAUCGGCGCAUGGUGUGCUGCUCGGUGUGGAACGAGGAGAACGCGACAUGUAACCUGUUCACCUGUGGCUUCGACCGGCAAGCCAUCGGAUGGAACAUUAACAUCCCAGCUCUGCUGCAGGAGAAGUGAUGCAGGAGAAGUGACACACACACCCUACACACAUACCACAUACACAUUGUAUUUGAUGUACAUUAUCUCCAUCCACUUUGCAUGGACUGUGAGUGUUUUUGUCUGUUUUAAUGGAGAGGACAAAGUCUUAUUUUAAAUCCAUCUAUAUACGUAAAAUAUAUUUGGUUGACUCCAGAAAACACUACUUCUAUGGUCUUGUUUACUGCUGAUGAACAUUAAUGGGUGAAUGGCAAGCCCUAGUUGAUAUUGCAUGCACUCAAACUCCUAUCAAUGUAUUUGUAAAACUGUCUGAAGAACGAUAGGAGAGGCAAUACAUUUGUACCACUAAAAUGUAAAAUUAAAUGUACCAAACAUAUCAUAUGGUGGCCUGUUCUAACCCAGACAGAUUAUCUUUACACUGAGUGGGUAAUCUUGGCUGUUUUCACCCUCUUUGGCCUGCAUGAUCAAGGGCUAGGAGUUUACUAUAUUGGACCAUCUAUAGACCUACUACACAUUUUACCUACUGAGUUGUUUCUGAGUCAGUCACAUUAUACACUGUCCAUUGUACAGAUUUAUUUUGCCAUAUUGCUUUUAGGAUACAUCUGCCUUGUUCUUUCUAUACUGUAUUGUACUCAAUAUGACUAUUUCGGUGUACUGUAGAUUUGACAAUAGGGAACUUGCAA